AUGUCGCAGGGACAACGAUGGAGCGAGAUUAAGCGCUUACCGCCCGGCAGCGGGACGCUCUUAGCUGGAGCUGCCGGCGCGGCACAUGUUUCCCCGGGCUCUGAGGAUGUGAAAGCACCACGCUUUCUCUCGCCGGAGCGUAGAGGUGCUCCGCUCUGCGGCCGGGAAAGCCCCUCUGCAGAUUUCCCCGCGGCGGGUCGUCCAGCGCGCAACCCGGCCGCCGGGUGCCCGGCGGGGAUCGCUAACGGCUGCCGAGCAGCGGUACGUCGGGCGGUGGCAACUCAGAGCGCGGCCGGCGGAGGGACGCGUGGCCGCCCCCGGGCAACGGCCGCCGUCAUGUGCGGGCAGAACCUCCUGCUGCUCGGCCUCCUCAUCGUCCUGCUGCAGGCGGUCCAGGCAGGUAUGCGCCUUCACCGUACGGUGACAAAAUCUCACAGCCCAUCUACACCCACCGGUAGACGUAGGAAAGCUAAAGGGUUAUUUUCCUCAAAAGCGAACAUUCAGUACUCAGGAAGUGCAGAGUCAGGAAGCAAUAGCUUAAAAAUAGUGGGAUCCAUCUUAUUUCCAGUGAAAGUUUAUGUCAAGCUGGAUCACAGCAGUCCACAUAUUCUAUGUGUCACAAAUCACCUACGAAACUCAGAAUUGAUUGAUCCAGUAUUCCGGUGGAAUGGACCAGGUGGUUAUCUUUCUUCAGAAAAUAGCAGUGUGCAAAUAUCACCAACGGGAACUUUAAUAUUUGGACACUUCAGAUCUGACCUGAGUGGAGUUUACACUUGUUCCCUUGUUUAUAAGCUUAUUGCUGCACAACCUGAUAAAAGACUCACAAUAAAAUAUCUUAUUUAUGCUUAUUCUGAUCCUCAGUAUUACUAUGAGUUGACAGUCCAGUACCAUGCAGCCCCCUGCAAUAGUUUUCGUAAUACUUCUUUUGGGAAGGCGCUGCUUCAGAUACUCAGCAAGCUCAUUGCUGACCUUUCAUGUGAGGUUUCACUAAUUAAGUCAGAAUGCCACCAUGUAAAAAUGCAGAGAGGAGGCCUACAGAACGAAAUGUUCUUUACAUUUUCAGUUACUUGCUUAGACACAGAAAACAACAAACUAUGUCUGCAAAGUGCUUGUGAUGCACCUCAUAGAUUAUACAAGGCAAAGGACCUCAUAGAGAGAUUCUUUAAGAAAGAGGUGGAAAUUAGGAAGAAAAGUUCUGAACCAUUGCCUGAAAUAUACUACAUUGAAGGUACACUGCAAAUGGUGUGGGUUGAUCGUUGCUACCCAGGAUAUGGAGUGAAUGCUGUAAGGCAUCCAGACUGCCCAGAGUGUUGUGUUAUCUGCAGCCCAAGAUCUUACAAUCCCAGUAAUGGAAUUCACUGUCUUCAGUGUGACACCAGUUUGAUAUACGGAGCAACAACAUGCUGACAAUAGAGGGAAUGGCAAAGCUGCAAUAGCUCUCAUGCAUUUUAACCUGGUAAUAUUAAUAAAUUUUUUAUUAAAAUAUUUAUAUAUUUACCUGAGUACAGUUUGUUCUGGUUACGUCAAUAGGAUACUAUUGUUUUUAAGAAAUAAUGAUUCAUCUGUAUAUUCUAGUUUGCAUCACUUAGGAGUACUUCAUUUUUAAGGUCUUUGUAACUACCCACCAGAUUAAGAGCAGUGAAGAUAAUUAACUAUUUAAAUCAAAAGAAAAAAAGAAAAAAGGUGGAGCUAUUUUGCUUAGUUUGUUCUUUGUUCCAGUCAUCUCCUGUUGACAUAGAUUAGCAUAAGGACUCUGUACAGCAGCUUUCAUCUGCUUGACUGUUCAGUCUUUGGUUAGGAGAACUGUAGUGAGCAGCUCAAUAUAGCACCAAGUACAAAAACAUGAACAAAACUUUCUUCCAAGGUGAACUAUAAUAGUAAUACUUCAGAAACUUCUUUUCAAAUAAUGUAAAAUUUCUUAGGUUGUGCAUCUGUUCUACCAUUAAAGAUAGCAGUUUCAGCUAACAUGCUUUUACCUGAAGAAAACAAACAAUAGCAUAAAAUACCAUGACAAUUUUUAUGACACUCAUUCUUUACUUUUGUAAAAGUGUCAAGAAUUAGUGAGUUGAUGGCUUAAUGCAAUCCUUGUUACUUAUUAGUAGCUUCAUUUCAAUUGGUAUUCUGUAACAGAAUUCUGUUUUAAAUCCUAUUUAUACAUUCCCUCUGUUAGCUGCAAGACCAUGAGAGCUAGAUGUGUGUAGGUCAUUUUUAGCCCUUUGUCAUCUGAAAAACGGGGUUUCCAUGUAAUUCUGUUUUAAAGCACAAGUAUGAACGUCAGGUUUAAAAACAUUCAUCUUUGCAUGUUUUCUUUUCAAAAAAGGACUUAAAAAUACUGUACUACUUCUAAGAAGUAACUUUUAAACAUGACACUGCUUAUUUGUUGAUCAUUAGCAUAAACAGCGUAACAAGCAGAAUAUAUAAAAUAGCUAUUUUUAUCAAAUGCCACUUGAAAAUAAAUAGCUGAGAAAGAGCACGUUAAAAAAAAACAUUUAGUACUUAGGAAAUCCAACUCUGUUAAACUGUAAUCCGUAGAAUGUCUGAAGGCUAUCCAGUCCUUAUUUUCACUUGGUAAUAAGAAAUAAAUGGACCGCAAAUGAGAGGAGUCAUUACAUUUGGUUGGAGUACUGCACAUCCUUACGUUAUCUUCAUAAUUUCCCAAUCACGAUGGCACUAAAUUAGUUAGCAUUAGUUUGAAGAAUCAGUGGCUAAAGAGAAAGCACAUUUUGCAGUAUUACUUUCCAAAAAUAUGGAGUUUGUUUUGGUAAAAAAAAC